GUUACUUCACAAAUUACUUCACGUGGAGUUUGUUUGUUUUGUUAUAGUUUAACGCUGUGCACGUAAAAAAAGCUUAGUUUUCCCAACAAAAUGCAAGAACCUGAACCUCUAGCUGCUUAUGAAAGCCUUAUCCUAUCCGGAGAGAAUGAAUACGUUCCUAAUCGCUAUGCAACGGGACUCAAAGAUGGUGUUGAUAUUCAAGAACUGAGGUCCGGUGGCGGUGCUACGUUUGAGGUCGAUCUCGAUCAACAGUUCCCCCAUGGGCAUAAUAGUGAUGACGAUGAGGAGCCACGUAAUGCAUAUUUUGAUAUGGAAGAGAUGUUUCAACAGUUGAACCAUGAAGUUCUUGGUGUUGACAAAGAAGAUGAGACUGAUACCUCGAAGACUCCAUUUGAAAGCAUGGGGCAAGACAUGGAAGAUCUGAUAGGUGAUCGCGGUGUACUUAAGAAAAUACUAAGGCCUGGAGUAGGACCUGUUGUUCCUAGAACAGCUUCUGUCCGAUUUCAUUAUAAUGCUUACAAAGAGUACUGUGAUGAACCAUAUGAUUCUUCACGAUUUAGAGGCAAACCUGAAAAUACCAGACUAGGAGGAGGAGCUUUCCCAGGAAUAGACAUUGGACUAUCUAGCAUGAGAAAAGGAGAAAUGGCAAGGUUUCUGUUUGAGAAAGAAUAUGUGUUUAAGGAUAUGGGAUGUGGACCGAGAGUACCUCCUGGGACUGUAAUGUGGGAAGUGGAACUCCUCAGUUUUGUUGAUCAUGGACCAAGUGAUGAAGUUAGUGAUCUUCCAAAGUCUGGAGACAAACGUAAAGCAUCUUUUGAGCAUUUGAUGGCAAUUGCUAAUGGACAUAAAGAGGUUGGUAAUGACCUUUAUAAAAGAAAACAAGUAAACCAAGCUGUAACGAAAUACAUGAAGGCCAUUAAACUCCUUGAAGAGUGCUCACUGCAGAAUGAAACAGAAGAUAACCAGAUGAAUCAAGUAUUGUUAAAGCUGUACAGCAACAUGUCACAGUGUGCACUAGAGCUGGGACAAUCAGCCAGAGCUAUCAAGUAUGCAAGAAAGGUACUUUAYCAUGACCCUAAAAAUGUUAAGGCAUUUUUCAGGAUGGGGAAGGCAUACAUGAAGGAAAGUGAGUUUGAUAGAGCAAGGGAAUACUUUGUAAAAGCGUUACAACGUCAACCAAAUAAUAAAGACAUCAAACUUGGAAUGAUUGAACUGGACAGGAAUGUAGAGAAGUUUAGGGUUAUGGAAAAGGAACGAUGUCGUAGUGCUAUGCAAGAUUAUCUAGGUGUUGCAUCAAAUAGCCAAGAGCAUAAAGACAAGGAUACAAAACUGGAUGACAUAUCUGAGGAUGUUAAGCAGAUGAUGACCAAGAAACUUAGUGAUUUUAAGGAAGAUGAAAACAUGAAAGAAAUGGUCCUUCCAUCAACUCUGACAGAAAAGGAAAUGGAGUUUGUACAAGAAAUAGCUACAAAUAUGGGCAUUAAAUCUGAAAUUAAGCCAUUCAAGGGUUACCAAAGAAGACUAAGAGUAUGGAAAUAGGACAACAGGAAAGAGUGAUUUCCAAUGAGUUUCCAGUAACUUUACAAGUAGGAAGAUCACUUUGCUUGAUAACAAAAAGGUUCAGGACUCAAGAUGUUUUGUUGAUCAGAUGUUGAUCACCCACAACUAACAAUGUCCACAAUCACCACCAYAUUUGAAGUGAAGUUUCAGUUGUCAAUAAUACGGAAAACAUAUUGUACAGAGCUGYACAUACUUGCAAAUACAGUAUGUUGAUUAAUGUAUAAAACCUUCUGUUAAUUUAUKUUUUUGGAAGAAAAU